CUGUCAAUCUCACUCAUACUUUCUAUCUUCACCAAACUCUUUCUCGAAAUCUGUUUUCACGUUUUCUCCUCUUCCAUACUCUAUCUCUCUUCUUAGUCUUCUUCUUUUUCUCCAUUUUCUUCUCCUUCUUACUUUCCUCAAUCUUCUUCAUCAUUUCCUCCAUUUUCUUCUCCGUUUUAUUCUUCUUCUUUUUCUUCCUCUUCUUCACCAUCUUCUUUCUCUUCUCUACCUUCUUUCCCUUCUUCUGUUUCUGCUUCUUUUCCUACGAGCACUGAUUUAGUACAGCUUCCCUAAGCUAAAAUACAAUUCAACUGACCAGUCGUAGCAAGGAUUUGGCACAGUGAGUGAGUUGAAGUGCGUUCUUUCUGUGUGCUUUUUCGAGAAAAUUUAUAACUCAAAAGUUUUUUAAAAAGCAGUAAUUCCACAGAGUAGUCAGUUUGACGCAUCAGUGAAGAAGUGUGUUGAAUUUGGAUGAAUUUUGGAUUUUGAAUUUCAAGUGAAAUUUGGAUUUACAAGCCAGAUUGUAAUAAUGGAUACAAUAUACCCAGAGCCAGUUUCGCAAAUAUAUCGCAGAAUGGACCGGCGGAAAAAUGGACGUUUAGCAUCUCGCUACAGGACACUGCCUGUCACGUUCUCUGAAAUAAAGGAAGUGGACGAAGAAAACAUAGAAGACAGAGACGACGACAGUCAGUACGAGUCAUCUUCGGCACUAACAGACAACUGCGCUGACGUGAGUCGAGUGACGUCACUGGAAACCGCCGCCGCGUCCGCAGGAAUCGUGAGCAGCAAAUCUGACCACGACCUGAAGACGCGAUUCGGCGACCACCCAACGCUGGGAGGUGGAGGGGGGGAGACGCAGCUGCGGCGUCGCCAGCGGCCAACCAUGAAGAGUGUCAACCGCAAGCUGCGGUUAGGAGACGCAGCCGCUGAUCCGCCGUCAAACGGUGAUCAGCGGUCUAGUCCUACCAGGUCCAGUCUUACGCCUCGGAUGUCGAUAUGAAUUUAAAUAUGCAAAAGGUCGAUAUGAAGUUAAAGAAUUUGAAGUUUGAGAGAAAAAGUUGAGUAGGUUAAAGUGGACAGACUAUGUAAAAAGGUAGAUUUAAACUGGAUUAGCACACAAGUGACAGUGAAUUGUAAUUGACAGUGAAACAACCAGUGAUCAGAAGUUAAGUUUUAAUCAAGAGCCAAGUGUCAUCGGAUAAUCACUUACGCCUAUAGUGAGGUCCACGUUAUAAUGGCAGUACUUGAUUAACAUUGGUGUUGCUAUCCUUGUCUAUUAUUCAACAAAGGAGUUAGCACUAUGCUUUUCUAGCUCCACAAUGUAGCCAAAUCUAUUUUUAACAAUUUAGAAAUAUAACUAAUUAAGGCAGAGAAUCGGCAACGCCGUUCUCCUAUCGUUAUCUACUGUCAUUAUAACGUGGACCUCACUAAAGAAUUUCCUUAUAAACUCGAAUAACUUAUAGUUAACUAUUUUUACUUCAAUAAGGACGAAUGCAAAUCUAUC